AGGUCACCAGGAAGGUCAAAUUUUAAAAUCCUUUCUGACACAAAAAAAAAAAUACUCCAAAGAAUCUCAUCCUUUUCCCGAAAUAUUUCCUUCCUGACAUGGAAAGUAAUCGAGUAAAACCUUCACAAAAUUUUCGGCGGACAGCGAUCAUUCAACAACCUCAUUUCUUACUCACACGACGUCCCGCCGUUUAUAAAUGUCGGUAGACGAUCAGGAUAAACUAGGUCCCCUGGAAGACGACACUUCCAGCACUUCCGGAGAACCGCCUGUCGACAGUGUCGAGAAAUGGACCGACGACGACGACGUAAAGUCGGAGGACAAAGUUUGCGAAACGACGCGGUUCCUGGAUAUUUUUGAAGCGGUUCGGAAGCGCUUCCGGCACGACUCCGACUAUGAAUACAUGUGCUUCCGGUUCAGCCUGCUCUCUGAGAAACGACAAAUAGAGUACGUGCUACAACACCCGGUAUUCGAAAGAUACCGACCCAAGCUGAGCAGAGUUGGCAAGGAUGGAAACAGGGCUUCGGAAUUGAAAUUAGAGGCAAAUGCUGCCUUUAAAGCCAGAGAUUUCAAAAAGGCUCUGGCAUUGUUCAACUCCGCCUUGAUGUUCGCUCCGAGUCCGAUUUACGCGACUAAAGCCGAAGAAUAUUUCAUGCGGAAGCGGUUAUCGGAUCUAUCUGGUAUUUACAAACAGAAACUGAAGCCAAAUGCUCGACCACGACAUGCAGCUGCAGUUGCUUCAGUUUUCUUCAAUCGUGCCAACACAUUGUAUCGCUUGCGACGCUAUGGCGACUGCAUAAUCGACCUGCAACGAGCAUACAACCUGGGUUACUCCAGAGUGUCUCCAAACGAGAACCGAACACUUUUAUUCAAAAGCUUGGUGCAAGCUGGGCAUUUUCGCAUGGCGUCAACGAUGCUCGCAGAAUCUUCCAAUGUCAAACUCAAGGCAAAAUGGCAGCAUUUUAUGGAGAAACGAAUGACUUCCGGGACCGGACAUCCGCUCGCAGGCCUCAAAUUUUCCCGCUCAGAAUACGCAAGAACUGCGGAUGAUCUACAAAUUGAUCUCGAGCCUGGGGAAACGCAUCCGGAAUUCACGAAUUUGAGCACAGCCGUGGAUUACGCUUAUUCUGCCAAAAAGGGAAGGCAUUUCAUUGCAGCCAAGGACAUAAAAGUAGGAGAGGUUCUGGUCAGUGAGAGGCCCUAUUGCGUGUCUCUGCGACCCGAACACUGGCACAACAGAUGCCUCAACUGCUGCAAGAAAACAGACACGCCUGUGCCUUGCAUUUCUUGCGCCAUGGUGGUAUUUUGCAGCGAGGCUUGCAGAAGAGAGGCAGAAGGCAUUCACGAAUAUGAAUGUCCCAUGAUUGGGAACAUGGCAGAGGCAGCAAACACGAGGAUCGGAUGUCUGCCCACGAGAAUCGUGCUCAAGGCUGGUUUGAACACCAUGUUGAGACACAGAUAUCAGCUGGAAAACCUGACCGAAGCAGAUAUGAAGCUCAGAUUUUUGGAAACCCCCGUGACGGGAGAAAAUUACUUGGACGUUUGCACUCAUUUGUUGCACAAAAACACUUGGAAACACGACUUGCUUUUUCAAGGCAUGUAUCCGGCAUUGUUCGUGGCGUUCAACCUUCUUCUUCUCAAAAAGAUCCGCUUUUUCGACCCCGAAAACGCGCUUGCAGAGUCGUUCAUCUCGCAUAAUUCUUCCGAAGAAGAAGAAUCGACGACGACGACGACAACAUCGGCUUCGUCGACAGAGAGCUGCACCUCGACAGAAUCUCGACACCGAAACCACUCGUCGUCGAAGCAAUCGACAUCGUCGGGCUACGAAAACACAACAUAUGACCGCAUGAUUUACGUCGGCAGGAUGAUGUUUAGACAUUUGCUGUCACUGAGAUGCAAUCGGUUCGCCGUCGACGAAAUUCACUGUCGAAUCGGCGAUGAGAAUAAUCAUCCCGUGACGAUUGCCGGAGCAGUUUCUCCGACUGCCAUGAUUUUGAAUCAUUCCUGCGAUUUCAACGCCAUGUAUUUUAUGGACCCGACGACUUCGAAGCUGGUUUUCAAAGCUAUCGUUCCGAUCAAAAAAGGAGAAGAAAUCACUCAUUCCUACACUUGUAAUUAUUCCACAUCGAAGCUGGAGGAGAGAAGAAAGCAUUGUGCUUCGUACGGAUUCACGUGUGACUGCAAAGCAUGUAUUGAAGAUUGGCCAACUGCUAAAAAAGCAGCGAGUUUCGAAGAAACCCCUUCGUUUUUGUGCCCAAAAUGUGGGCAUCAUUUAUACCCAUCCACGGCUAGUGCAUCACAAGCUGGCGACACGAACCUCCGCCACUUGGUGAACACACGGUGCCACAAGUGCGACCACGACGCGGCGGCGGAUCUCCAGGAACUCCGAAGCCUGUGUGACGCCUUCCAGGAUGGCGCCAAGCUGUUGUGCACCACGACAGGCGCCACCGCAGUGGCGCCCGUCGCUGAGCAAUACAUGACGCAGCUUCACAAAUUGGUUUCCCCGAGAUGCCUCGAGUACAUAUUGGCGGCGGACGCCAUCAAAAAAAUUUACGCCCGUCAAGGAUUCGUCAAUGUCGUGGAUCCGCUUGACGAUAGGACCGACGACGACGACGUCAUCUCUGACGUUCAUUCCAGAUCGAUUUUCUGACGUGACGCGAACUUGUGCUUGAAAUUUUCUCGUCGAUUCUUCGAUCCAACAAAAGAGCCUAUUGUAGAACCAUAACACAGAGA